AUGCAACCAACUUUGAUGUCUCUUUUACAUCCGAUCUUUCGGUGCUACUUGAUCAUCCCAUUCACUCGCAUGAUGUGUCAACGAAGAAACGCUUUGGCUCAACAAAGACAUUGUAUGUUUCAGCAGCAACUUUAUUUAAGUGGAGUGUUAAAAGUGAGAGAAGAAAGAAAAGUUGUUUUGAAUCUUUGUCUUGAAGAGACAAUCACCAGGAUUGCCUCGAAGUCACUGCGAUAUUAUCUCAACAUUCUUUAUUGCCGAUUAUCGAUUUUUAAUUUCCGUCCGCUGCAGAUCGCGUUGGUUUUCGUUUUGACAGAAACUCGUUGGCACUUGUCGACUUUUUGCUCUCAGCACAGCACAACGUUCAAAGUAAUAAGCAAAAAAUUAACUGCAGGAAAGAAAAUUUUCAAAAGAUAG